AUGGGAAAGUGGGAAUGGGGUUUCGUCCUUCCGGGCGAAGAGCCCAGUGUUGAUCUUGAGGCGGUCCAGUCGGAUGAUUCGGAGGUGCUGGAGGGGGGCGAGGCCGAAAGACCGGAGCCCUUUAAGCAUCAGGAGUGCCACAACAUCGGGCUGCCUUUGAACCUCGAGUGGGACGGCAAAACUCAGCCGAUCACGGAUGGCUUUGGGCUCUGCUCACCCACUAGAUGGCCUCCGGAAUCCAGGGGGGGCCUGCUGCCCAAACAGGCUUUGGAGUUCGCCACUGCCAUGCAUCAAGUGCUUCGAAACUUUGUAGCGGACGUUGUGCCUGAUGUCAGGCACACGGCGAUGGAGCUUGCACUAGGCAAGUGUACGGAUCUUGAUGUGGUGCCGAGUGGCCAGCCAUUCCUCUUGCAUGCUGUGUCUGCGACAGCGCGGCUGUUGCAGGACCCAGAUUGGAAAGCCGUUUCCUGCCAGGAGGACUCCUAUGUCAGCGGGGUCGCGAUCAGUUAUGACUGCCCCGCACCUCACUUGCCACAGAUGUACGAGUACAAAUACAAGUCCCGCAAGCUCGAUGAAUCGGAUGCCGAGUGGCAUCGCGAGAAUUAUUCGUCGGCAAACGAAACAUCGGAUCAGCUUGAGAAGAAGUUUGCAGAGGAAGAGGCUCUUGGGCGCAUGGAGGCCACCUUUUGCCUCACCGGCGAUGUGACGGUGCGCAACGACACGCCGGUCGUUUGGUACAACAAAGUAGGAACAUUCGGUAUAUCAUCAUCCGCCUUCCUUUGGUCUAGAUUGUUCGGAAUCAUCGGCCGCUGCACCGCACGCUUUCUUUUGACCUUGUGGUUCUAUCACCUCGUCUUUGUAGAUGAUGUUCACGCCAACUUCGCAGGAAGGGAGAAAUUUCAUCAUUUGCUCAUGUGGCUAGCAUGCUUCGAGAUGUUCGGCACACCUUUCGCCUACAAGAAGUUCCGCGGUGGGCUCACUUCGGCUUUUGUGGGUUACGAACUUUCUUAUCCAGACCAGAGGGUUGGAAUUUCGGAAUCGCGGGGCCAGUGGCUCUUGAAAUGGAUCGCUGAGGCCCGGUCCUCGAAGUUUGUUGUGUCGGUUCGCAAGUUUGCUGAGUUCUUAGGUAGACUGGGCUUCGUUGCUCGGCUUUUAGAUUGGCUUAAGGCACACCUUGCACCGCUUUACAGCUGGAGGGCAGCGGUGAACGACAGUUCAGUCGCUCGGAUGCCCGAUACCGUCAUCCUUACUCUUGAAUAUCUUGACCUCACGUUCAGGGACAUGACGUUCAAGGUCGCCGCAGCAAGAUCGGUCAAGAGGGCAGGCGUGGCCUUCCGCACUGACGCAAAGUGUGCGGACGGGUACGUGGUCCUUGGGGGUUGGGAUUGCGCAGGCACAACUCAGGAGUCCAGGUGGUUCUCACUUCGACUUACUCCUUCAGAGGCCCCUUACCUCUUUGACUCAGAAGGUCAUAGUCAGUGGGCUUCGGCAUCGGCUGAACUGCUGGCCACGCUGGCCGCAUUGCACAUCUUCGGUCACCUUGAAGCCGGACCAACUAGGCGCUUGAUGAAGGUUGAGGUUUUAGCUCAGACGGAUAAUAAGUCUAACGAGGGCUUGACUCGCAAGGGUUCUACAACGCGCUGGCCCUUGCUCAUGGUGAACAUGCAGCUCACCCAUGUUCUCAUGAAGGCCGGCUUGCGGUUGAACUUGGGAUGGCGUCCCCGGGACGAAAAUCAGGAGGCCGAUGAUUUAACCAACGAAAUCUUCGACCGUUUCUCUGAGGAGUUGCGGGUCCCAGUGCAAUACUCCGAAUUGCCGCUUUCCUUUCUUCACACUCUUUACGAAGCCAGGCUUGCACAGCUGAGCACCCGUGAAGUGGAUUCCAUCCGCGACACGGUCGGUGGCAGGCCACGCUUCAGAGGCAAGAGAAAGAGAGAGAAGUCUCCUUGGUGA